AUCUCUAACUUAUCUGUGAAAAUCUUAAAAGUCAAGUCAAAAUCCAAAAUCAAAGGAAGAAAUCAGGACGAAUUUAAUUUUAAAUUGCUUGUAAAUUUCAUAUCGAUUAUGUAUUCUCAAUGUGGAAGUAGUGGGUCCAUUCAAAAUAUACAUCAGACACCAUCUUCAUCCAACCACAACUCAGACGAGGAUGAUAGUGGUGAUAAUAAAGCAUCAGCAAUUAGCUUUAAAGAAAGAAGGAGAGAAGCUCAUACUCAGGCUGAGCAAAAAAGAAGAGAUGCUAUAAAGAAGGGAUAUGACUCCUUGCAAGAACUUGUGCCUACUUGUCAGCAAACUGAUGCUUCGGGAUAUAAGCCUAGCAAAGCUGCAGUUCUACAAAAAUCCAUAGAUUACAUUCAGUACCUAUUGCAACAGCGCAGACGUCAAGAGGACGAGCGCAACGCACUGCGCAAAGAUGUCGUCGCUCUGCGCAUAAUGCAGGCUAAUUAUGAGCAAAUUGUGAAAGCUCAGCAUUCUGUGCCCGGCCACAGUGAACAGAGGCUCACCGAUCAAGACAAGUUUCGAGUGUUUCAGGGUGUAAUGGACAAACUUUUCGACUCGUUCGAGUCGGUCCCAACGAACAACUUUGCCGAGUUUUCCGCCGGGGUUUUUAAUUGGCUCGAGGAAUACUGCAAACCUCAAUCGCUGAGGACAUUGGUGCACGGUGUGUUGCGGGAACAAAGUUAUACGCCCUAGUGACAAUUAAAAAAAAAAUAGAAUUAAUUUUUAUACAUCACAUUUGAUAAUUCAAAGUAUUCCGUAGUUAAACAGAUUCAUCAUGCUUGUCUUUUUUAUUGAGUUACUAUUGAAACUUGCAAGCUGAAAUAUAAUAGAAACACUAGUUAUGCCCUGUGGAUCCAACUGCAUAAUCUAUGUAAUAUUUUAUUUCUAUUGUCCUUGGUUCCCAAAAUAACCUUGAUGUAAUAGGGAGUCGGACUACUUUGAAGUAUGGGUUUAAUUUAAAAAUAGUGCUUAAAUUAAUCCAAAUAAAAUAUUCGUUAAUCUUCCAUGAAAUAAGAAAAAAUUCUUAAACUUGGCAAGUCAUAAUAGCAAUAGGAGUAUCUGCAACUUUUCAGAUUUACUCUUGUGAGGAUCAUUUAGUUUUUAAUACUACUAUUUUUAAAUUAUGUUCUACAGUUUUAUUAAGUUAAAAAGAAGGUAAUCGUGGAAGGAAUGCUGUUGUCAUGUUUGAUUUGUUGAAUAUGUUUAUACACAGAUGACGUCACGCACUUCUGUACCAUGUUCCUUUAAGAGUUAACUCUUAAAGAAACACCUCCACAGAUAAAAAAUACUAUUAUUUAUAAGUUUUAUUUGUUGAUUGGAUCAACAAAUACUUCUAGAACUUUGUAUGGAGAGAAUUUACAUAUCUCUUACUGUUAAAAGCUUUGUUUGUAAAUAAAGUAUUAGCUCACCGGUUUUCCGUCGACAUAUUGGAUUUAAAAUGAUGUCACUUGGCUACAAUGCAAAGAUAUCCGAACCCAACGUGUAUGCAAAAUUUAUGCUCAAUCGUUUGGGGAUAAUUUGUUAAGAUUCAGUUCCAAGAUUAGACCCAACUAUAAUUCAUUGUUUCUGGCAAAAAUGUAUAACAAAAAAAUUGAUGAAUGUGUAAUGUAGUGAAAAUAUAUAUAUUUUUGAUAAAUGCUAAAUAAUAAAUUAUAUGGCAUAUAUUUAGACAAUAGGAUAAGAAUUAUUUAGGAAAAUAAAAAGUAAAAUAGAAUCAACACCAUAUCAAUGUUCGCAGAAUAAUUAUUUAAUAAUUUACUGUGCACUACAUAUCCUUUGUAAUAAUUUUUAAAAU